AUGUUUGCAAUUCGUUCCUCCGAGGAUGCAGAUUGCAAAGAACUUUACCAACAGUCAAAAGACCUUCUGAAAGAACACAACGAUCUGGGAGAUGACACGAACAUAAGCGCGGAGGGGUUCAUGUCUAUCCACACCGAAAAGUUCGUCCGUUUUCAAGUUCUCACAUCGAGAAUAGACGAGGUUAAAAACGCUAAGGUAAAUGAAGAGAAAAAAGAACGUGAAGGUGAAGGAAGAAGGAGAAGUAGGAACGAACAAGGGUUAGCAAUACCAAAAGAGCAGGUUGUGGGCUACAUCACUUUCGCCGAAGACUACGACCUGCACUUUGGUGGGAGAGGUUUCCUAGUCGACCAAUUCUUCAUUCGCGAGCAGUUCCGUGGAAAGGGUCAAGGUCGACGCCUCCUCAAUUGUAUUCGUGCGGAGGCGAGAAAGAGGUCAAUGAAAUACAUCAAGCUUUUUUACCAAGAGACGGCUGAAAGACAUGCAAUCUACUCGCAUUUGGGAUUUACCAACGUCUCGACAUCGCCUCCUUUCAUCCACUACUUCGAGGUGUACGGUCCGGAGGAGAUGAAGUCGCGCCUGAAUAUUGAUGUUUACGAGCCGGUGGAAGAAGACGUCCGCACACUGCCAGUAAAACCGGGAAUUGACGUGUUGCAGUAUGCCCAAGCGCGCGACGCACAAGAUGGACAUGGGCGUCUGGGGCUCUUAUUUAGCUUGUCCGCGGAUAUUUCUGAUUCUGACACGCCUUCAGCGGGUCUCAUAGUUCUUAUCCAACACUCGGUGCGAAUACACCCCCUUCCCGGUCUCUUCGAGGUUCAUUCCCUCAAACGAUUCUUGUCUCAACGCGGAAUAUUUAUUGACGAUCCACCUCCGAGCCUGUGGACCCAGAUUUGGAGUAAAUCCCGCAGUAGUGAACACCCGGUUGAGGAGGAUGUUCUCAUCUGUGCGUUUGUGGAACGACCUACUGUGUGCUGUUGGCUGGGACAUCAGUUGACAUUUUGUAAUUUUGCGGGCGACUUGCAAAUGAUUUCGAAGGAGCUGCUGGUGCGACGCAUUCGAGCCUGGUCACCCAAAUGGGGACCGGUGCUGGGCGUUAACUUCGAAGUUGCUGGCGGAGAGACGUCAUGCCCCACGGAUUCGAAUAAUGCGCUGGUGCGUUUGCUGAACUCGCUUGGUGUUCGGGAGGACGCCAGCUGGAACUGUGCCAUCAUGCCCGAGGAGAAGAUUCGUGAAGGCGUUGAGAACUAG